AUGGGGGACGCCGCCAAUUCAACUGAGAGCACGCCUCUCCUCUCUUCGAUGCUGUCGAAGGGGACGUACGCCCCGUCUGGGCCAAACGACAAAAGAAGUCCUUGUCCGCUAAUCAAUUGCCUCGCAAAUCAUGGCUACAUCAACCGCGACGGCCGCAAUGUCCAGGCUAGUCAGCUCAAUGCAGCAAUGAAUGAAGUUGGCCUCUCCACGGCUCUUGGAACGGUCUUCGCCCAACCCAUUUUCAACGAGCACCAGGAACCAAAGACGGUACAAUUGCGGAAACAACCAGGGCUUUUAGCACGUCUUUGGGCCUUCAUCCAUAAUCCUUGGAUCGUUCUGGCAGUGUUCGGCAUGCGCAGACGCGGUCAAGUCGACUCGAAGGGCAAGAAAGUCCUCGACCUUGAUCAGCUCGGUUUGCCAGGAGUGGUCGAACAUGAUGUCUCUCUCACGCGCCGCGACCACCUGCAAAAACAAGGCAAUAUUACCCUUCAACAAGAUCUAGUGGCAGAUCUCCUAGCAAGCUCAAAGAAUGGCAAGACCCUCACCAUGGAAGAUCUGGCGACUUUUAGAAAGCGCAGAAUCCAACGACAACUUGAUGACAAUCCCGGGUUACAAUACGGACACUUGCAGCACGAGAUUGGGUGCGCGGAGAUCGCCCUUGUUCUUGACGUGUUCGGAAAUGGCAAGAGCGUCCCGUGUGAUUAUGCUCGAGCGUUCUUUGAGGAAGAGCGGCUGCCAUCAAAGGAAGGCUGGAGGAAAAGAUGGCUGUGGACCUUGGGGUUUUGGGAGCUGGCGAGCACUGUCAGCAAGAGAAAAGCACCUCUUGACAAGGCUGCACUGUUCAACACUCGGCCGUCAACUUCUCGCAAGGCUGUGAUGGCUGUCUAA